AUGGGUAUCCCACCCCGCACAAAAAUAUCGAGUCUCGAGACGCUGCCUGGCAGUCCCCAGCCUGCCCAAAACCAUUGCUGGCAAUUGUUUGGAUCGGGUCUCGAGAAUGAACCCCACGGCAGCUACAUGCUUUCCGCUUCGGUAUGCCGGCGUCCGGUCGCCUCCAUAUCGCAUCUGUUCCAGGACCAAUCCGAUCUAGGACUGCGGGCCCUGGCUUCUUCUAUGGGGGACGAGGCUGUGGAGUUGUCUGUACCUCCUCGCAGACAGUCCUUUUCGAUGUGGAUCGAGACUCUCUACGCGUGA